CAGUUAGCUUGAUGACGUUGCAAAGUGUCUUCGUGGCUAAAGCAAGAUGGCGGACGAUUCUCUAGUUGAGCAACAAACGCAAGAAAUUGAAAAUGCAAACGACACAGACGAAUCUAAAGAGCCUAUCCUUGAGCAGACAGAAGAAAUACCUCCGGAAAAGGUUGUUGUACAAUUUUGUGUACUUUCAAUGCUUGUGCAUUAUGCAAAAUUGUUUAUUUAUCUGGCUAAUUUCAGGAAGCUGUAAAUGUUGUAUAAAUUGACCACUUUUUUUUCUCAUGUUAAAUAUCGUAUGUUUAAACAAAUUCAGUGCAUCACAUUCAUAGUGCGUCCCUAAGCAGUAGGUCCUCCUUUUAUUUUGUUUAUUUUUAUUGCUUGUUCAUUGUACAAAAUUGCAAUGAAACAUGAUCCGUGGCAACGACUGUCAAAGUGUCAACGACUGAACGAGCAGUUCACCUAUUGUCUAUUGAUUGGUUUCAGUAUAACACGUUUUAGAAUUAAGGCAGCAGAUACGUGGUCAGCUUAAGAAACUGUGAGAGGCAAGAAAAUUAUACUGCAUUUCUAAAGAUUAGUAUAUAUAGUAAAUAAAAUAACGUUUUCUGACUGAUCGAUGCUGCGCAUUCUUCAAUCCAAAAGGCAAUUCCAGGUAUAGACUAAAUUUUGAUGUAGGCAAGAACAACAAAAUCCAUCACCACAGCUAGAAAGAUCAUGUUAAAGUUAGUAAAAUUGCAAAAUUUGGUUUCAAAAUGUGGAAAAUAUAGCCCUGCGAAAUUUACAAAUUUUGUAUUUAUACAUGCAGGAAAAUGCACCACAUUUGGGCUGAAAGUACAAAAUUUACAAAUUUUGCAGGGCUAUAUUUUCCUCAUUUUACAACAUUUUGCAACCAAACUUUGCAAUUUUACUAAUUUUAACAUGCUCGUUCUAGCUGUGGUGAUGGAUUUUGUUCUUGCCUAGAUCAAAAUUUAGUCAAUAGCUGGAAUCAUCUAUUUGAAAUAAGUAAUGAACUUGGAUUGGGGUGCAUAUAGUGAAACACAUGUAUAUUUAUACAAGCAAAUUUAGGCUAUGAUGCUUGUUUUGUUUUAAGGAACCACAGGGUGUUAUUGAAGAAAUUAUUGCAUCACUCUUAAAUGUGAAAAGGUAUGCAUUUUUUUCCAUUUUUAUAUUCGAUUGGCUGGUCGGAUAAAAUAAAAUGUCUGGAAUUGCAGUGUUUGCGUAAUGUAAUCUAAGAAUACACCCUUCCGGAAAGUACGUUACUUUUGGCUAUAGAGCCUCGUUUUCGUGUAUGUGACAUCAGUUAAAGUAUGUACUUUCCGGAAGCGUGUAUUGUUUCAGAUGAUAUACAUGGCUAGAGUGAUAAUUAAAUAAUGCCCAUCUCUCAAACCAAAAAUUAAUUAGAGUUUCCCAGGGGUCUGUGUUCUCUUGAAACAUUUUCCUUUGUUCCCAAAAAAGAUUUCACCAUCACAGAAUAUUUUGACUCAGAAACUUGAGUAAAAUAAUGCACAACAUGGCUGAGAUUUUUCUGACUUUGUUCCCAUGUUUCUAUUGCAAAGUAUUGCCUAGUAAUUGUUUCCUAAAAACCCCUGGGAGUCCCUCAUUAAUGUUGGCAAUAUUCUUCAAUAAACUACCAUGGUUUGAGCGUGAACUACCUGAAAAGAUAUCGCAAACCAUAUGGUAAAUGUUGUGGUCCAGUGUAGGUAGUAUUCUACAAUAAGCAGUCGUGGUUUGUGUCUGAACUACCUGAAAAAGAUAUCUCAAAGUGGUGGUCUAGUGUAGGUAGUAUUCUACAAUAAGCUGUCUCCCAAAGGACAGACCCUGGGAAUGAGGUUGUCGAGGUUUAUGUCUGAACCACAUGAAAGAGAUAUCUCAAAUGCGGUGGUCCAGUGUAGGUAGUAUUCUACAAUAAGCUGUCAUAGUUUGUGUCUGAACUACCUGAAAAGAUAUCUCAAAUGCAAGGUCCAUUGUAGAUGAUAUUCUACAAUAAAUUUGCUGUGAGAUUAAAAAUAUUUUGUGUUUUGACCUUCUACUAAUCUCCUGAACAAACUUGUCUUUCCAAACAUCAAAGUAAUAAUUUUUAAAACAUUUUCACAUAGUUUAGACGGCGGGGGUAAUUUGCAGAAUGCAGAACGCGACUUCAGCUUUUAUGGUGUUAGGACUCUAACCCUAACCCUUUCGGACAGCUUUUACAUAUCACUGCUGAGCGAAAGUACAGAAGUCGCAUUCUGCAUUCUGCAAAUUACCCCCGCCCUAGUUUAGACCCAAACCGGCCAUUGCAGCUUUGAUUGUUCAUCAUGCUUAACCCAUUGCAUGAGUAUGUGCCAGUGCUCUCCCCUUGAUGAGUAAAAUUAUCUGACAUUCGACAGGGUAAAACAACAAAGUAGGGAGCAUUUGGGUUGAAAUAGUGCAUUUGGAAAAUGAAAUUUGCCAUCAUGUUAACCCAUUAAGUGGCAGCACUCUCCCUCUGACGAGUAAAAUCGUCUUGCGUUAGACAGAGUAAAAUAAUAAAGUAGGGCGCAUCUGAGCACAUUGCCACAGGGUUAAUCUAUUGCAUGCCACUAAUCGAUACCUGAAAUAAUUCCCUUAACCAGGCACAUGUACUUACCAGCUACUUGUACUAGAAAUUAAACAUUGUUAAAAUUGUUUUUAAUAGUCCAAGAGAUGAUCUUCAACCUAUGAGCAUGAAAGAUGGGUAAGUCCAGAUGUAUCUUGCUGGGAAGCAUAGACUAGUGAAUACAUUUUUCAAUGUUUUACUGAGAUAUAUAAAUAUAUCAAAUAUAUAACAAAAUCUUGAUGUGGUUUGUUUUCAGUGAGAAUGAGUUACAGGUAAUUUUACAAGAAGUCAGUUCACAGAUACCAGAGAAAGGAAUGCAGUAAGUACAGCCAUUUGCAGUUGAGUUUGCAAUUUGCAUGUUAUAUUCAUUGUUACAGUAUGCAGUGUUCAUCCCUUAGAAAUGCAUUGUUGCUCAGUGCUGAACAUGCACUUUUGAAGGGCGCAAUGCCAGGUCAGAUAAUGUAAACAAAUAAGAUGUGUUCACAAGUUAAACAUUUAUAUUAAUAAAAGCAAAUUUUUUACAAUAGUGAUAAAAUUUAGCACAUCAGGUAGAACUUAAAAUGUUGUGAAAGUGCUAUGUAUAAACACAAUUUAUUUUAGUCCCUCAUGAUAUUACAGUAAAAGCUCUGAUUUGAACCCUACUGACUAUCAAAUGAAUGACUAGCUUGUUGACUCUCUGACCAACCACAUGGCUGGAGGCCUGACUGAUCAACUGACUGACCAACCGACCGAUCAACCGGCUUACCCACUGACUGGUCAACUGAUUGGCCUACCGACUGAUCAACCGACUGACUGAUCAACUGACUGACCGAUCAAUCGACUGACUGAUCAACCAGCUUACCCACCAACAGAUCAACCAAUUGGCCUACCGACUAAUAAACCAGCAUACCCACUGACAGAUCAACCGAUUGGCCUACCGACUAAUCAACCGACUGACUGAUCAACCGGCUUACCCACUGACAGAUCAACUGAUUGGCCUACCGACCGAUCAACCGACUGACCGAUCAACUGACUUACCCACCGACAGAUCAACCGAUUGGCCUACUGACCGAUCAACCUACAGAUUGAUCAACUGGCUUACCCGCCGACUGAUCAACCGACUGACCGAUCAACCGACUGACCGAUCAACCGGUUGGCCUAACGACAGAUCAACCGAUUGGCCUACCGACUAAUCAACCGACUGACUGAUCAACCGGCUUGCCCAUUGACAGAUCAACUGAUUGGCCUACCGACCGAUCAACCGACUGACCGAUCCACUGACUUACCCACCGACAGAUCAACCGAUUGGCCUACCGACUGAUCAACCUACUGACCGAUCAACUGGCUUACCCACCGACCGAUCAACCGACUGACCGAUCAACUGGCUUACCCACAGACAGAUCAACCGAUUGGCCUACCGACUGACCCCUUCGUGAUUGGCAUCACCUUCGCUGACAUGAUAAGUGUUGCCAACAAAGGAAAAACUCAUUUUACAUGAACAAAUUCACCCAGUGGAAAGUAGGCUUUACUAUCUGACUGACUGACAGAGGUGGCUUAAUGAUCCAACUAAUCAUAAGUUACCCACGGUGAACUUUUUUUGCUCUUCAGAAGCAGAUACUACUGCCAUCCCACAAGAAACACGCACAUCUCUAUCUUGGCACGAACAUUCACCUCAUAUCUAUCAUUACUUGAACAAACACGACUUGAUAAACUUUAUGAACAUCUGGUUGAGGAAGUAACGGAAUGGAUUUCAAAACUAUUCAAGUAAGUAAUUUAUCAUGGCGUUCUAUAUGCAGAACCUGAAAUAAUUGUUGGAUAUGUGAAAUUUUUAAACCAAUACACAGUUUUCUCGAUGUGGACAAUAUUUUCCCAAUAUGAAUUCCUUUUAUUUGAAUGUUUCUUUGUCUUCUAGUUUUGGUGACAGUCUUGCUUACUACCAUCAUCACUGCUGGAAUGGCAUUGUUAAAGGUAUUUAUUAUUUAGCUGAAAUAAUUGCUUUGUUUUGUGCAUUUAAACAUUUUAUUUACUGACCCUUCCAUAUAUACCGUAGCUGUGCUCCGUCAUCAGACAUGAGUUUAUGUUUCUGCAAGUAAGAAUGGUAUUCAGCACCCACCCACUUAGCUUAUCGCUUAUGUUUUUAAUUUACAGUCUGUAGACUGGCGUUGCGUAUGAAGUAUCCCAAAUAUGCCACAGAUGGAUUCACAGCACUUUAUACAAGGUAACAUAUACUGUAAAGAAACUGAACUUCAAAUAUUUAUGAGCUGCAUGGUCAUAUAUUAUGUAAUAAAUCAUAUUUAUUAAUUAUUUACGCUUCCUCUGUUUUCAGACCUCCAGUUAUCUAUAUAAGCGCUGCUGCUCAUCCGUCUUUUGGUGCUUACCUAAGAAUGGAGGUAUGAUCACUCAAAUAAACAUAUUGGUUUUAAAAUAAACAUAUUGGCAUUAUAUUCCGUAAAAACAAAAGUAGACUCCAUGCUUCCAUGGCUCACAAAAACAUUCCGCGCACACAAAAGCACAAAGAUUUGAAUGACUAACAAAACAUUCCGUAUCAAAAUCGUAUCAUUUUAAGAAUUAUAAAAAUCGUUUCGAUUCCAUAGCUUAAUGAUACAGCCAUUAUUUAUUAACGUUGGUCAAAACCAAACGCCAAAAGUACGCUAAACUUUACCUCUUGACUUAAUUCUCGUCAGUAUUGCAAUUCAAUGGAGAAUUUUGACACAAAAAAUUACGCAAACUAAUUAUAAAUGCUGAGAAAAAUUUCUAGAAAUUUGGUUUUAGUAGAAGCUUCACGAUUUCCGAGCCUAAAGAUAAAGUAAACUAUAAUUUUUUUAGGGGGGGGGGCAAAUUUUUUUUUGGGGGGGGGAAAUUUCCUGGGACACUGGAGCGAUUACAGAAUACCAUCCAUUUUUGAAGACAUUUUUGUAUUACACAGCCAGAAACGCACAAGUCGGAACAGGUCUGCAACAGAUCUGUUAAAUCCUGUUGUCAACAAGCCGAUAUCUGGAUGCGUUCGCUCGCCUUGUACCUGUCUGUUCUGACAGAUCCGCAACGGCCUGUCAACAGGUCUGGUAGAAGCUGUUGUGACAGAGCUGCAGCAAUGCUGUUUUCAACAGGUCUGUUAGAAGCUGUUGUGACAGAGCUGCAGCAAUGCUGUUUUCAACAGGCCUGUCGCAAGUUGUUGGCACAGAGCUGCAGCAAUGCUGUUUUCAACAACUUGCGACAGACCUGUUGCAAACCGAGGAAAGCACCUUAUGCCAAGCUUGUGUAUCCACUAUUUUGAACAAAAAACGGCCAAACAGGUUGCCAUUUUUCGGUUGUAGUGUUUCGUGAAAUGGCCAGACUUUCAUAUGAACACUUUAAUAUAAACAAACUUGCGAGAUAAUUUUUGAGCAAAACAGCCGAAAAAAUACGACAAAUUCAAGAAAGGUUCUUAUCGUAAACAAUUUUCAAAAUUAAUUGGUCUUUAAGUACGACCGAAAUAUGACAACCUACUUGCAUAUUUUUCUUCAAAAUAGUACAUAAAUAACACAAAGCUUCAAUAAGGCGUCUUCCUCGCUCGCGGAUUUCACUUGAAAUUGGAAAGAAAUCAUUGUAUAUAACGAAUUUCAUAUUCAUUUGAACAAUGAAGAACGUUGCAGUGAACACUCGGUUGCUCAUGUAUUUUUCAUUUCUUAAGCUCUAGAUCUUGUAUUCUCAUUGCCACAGUUUCUUCAAAAAUCAAAACAGCUUUGAACUUGUUUGAUUUUGUUUGAGGCAGUUGUUGAAAUUUUGUUUGGCUCAAAAUUCAAAAACAACUAAACAUGAUUACGUGAUUGAUAUGUUUGUAAUAUUUCGUCCAAUUGCAACGAGGAAUGAUGACGUGUGCACACGCCUUUAUCCAAUCAGAUUAAAGAAAUAUAACGAUAGCACACGUCAGCAAAUUGGAAUUUGGAUUUUGGAAAUCGGAAUUAUUUUUUAAAAAUAUAAAAAGAUAAAAACAGCGGCUUUUGCAUUUAAUCACAGAGUAGAUACUUAGGUUAUGUUCGCACGGGCGUCGUUUUCCAGCGUUUUCAAAACCUUUUUUUCCUUUAAUCGUUUUGACGCCCUGUUCACACGAUCCAAAGGAAAAUAUAUCUCCAAUAUAUUAAAUAAACUACAGCUUCUGUUGUAUUAAAAUUGAUAUUGUGAUUUAAUAUUGCCUUGAAUGAGAAAGUGAAGCCGGACGUGUCCAUUUCGUGCGACUUUUCUCUUUACCACAUUCUUUACUCACAUUUUCGAUUUGUUUCCCAACAACAGGCUUGUUGAAACUUGUUGUGACAGGACAAAAAUUGUUUGUUGUGGACAGGUCUGUCGCAGGUCUGAUAACAAGCUUGCUGCAGACUUGACAAAAACAACUCGCGACAGGUCUGUUGGAACAAGUUGGAACAGACCUGUUGAUUUCAACAGACUUGCUGCAAGUUGUUCUAUCAGACCUGUUAUCUCUUGUUAGUAACAGGUUUGUAGCGGGUUGUUUCAACAAGUCGCUACGGCUCUGUUGUCAACAGCUUGCGACAGACCUGUUCCCGCAAGCCUGUUACCGCCUGACGAAACCAACAGACCUGUCGCGACUUGUUGACAACUUGCCGCAAGCCGGUAAAAUCAACAGCUUGCGACAGGCCUGUGAGAUUUCUGGCUGUGUAGUAUUAGAGAGGUUCAGAAUUUGACUUGUAUAUAAAUUUCCACUCGAUAAUUUCCAUCUACAACACCCUAAUAUGCAUAUAUGAACUUGUGGUUAGACGUGGAGAAUUGGACUCUGUAGCUCAGUUGGUUAGAGCGCUGCACAGGAAUCGCAGGGCCGUAGGUUCGAUUCCUGCCUGGGACCUGUAGUUUCAUUUUUCGCUUCUGUUCCUGGAUAGAUCUUCAACUAUUAUUGAAUCGAGUGAGAUGCCAACAGAAUCUUAAUUCAAAGACAUCUAUUUUGACGCUAAAAUGUACUGUUGCUUAUAAUUAAUGACAUAUAUAAUUAUAAGAAGGGAGCUAUAUUUUUAAUUACUGGCCACGUGACUACUACAUUGGGGCUACUAGGCUGCGCAGUGAGUUUUUAAAAGAACGAAACAUUUACUCUCGAUUUCAAUUUACUUUUGAAAUCUGACUUCCAAUAUUUAUUUGUAAGUUCGGAAUGUUCGUUGCAAAGUUCCGAAGUUUGUUUCGAAGUUCGUUGCGAUGAUUUCCGAAGAUCAAGUUUAGUAAGUUGUAAUCGGCUAGUCAAAUGAACCAGCCAAUUAAAUCACCUCCUAUUGAAUCAUCGUAAGUCGUCGGAACGAACUUCAAAACGAAUUUCACAACUUUGCAAUGAACAUUUCGAAGUUACAAACAAACAUUCAAAGUCAGAUUUCAAAAGCAAAUUGAAAUCGAGAGUAAGUAUAGUGACAUAAUUAUAAUGUAGCUUCUGCAUGUAGCCCAACUAUCAUCUUUCUCGUUUUUUCAGCUUGGUCUUCCACAAUCAAGUAUUUGUGAAGGUAACAAUAUAUAGCAAUCAAUUAUUUUUUCCAACGCUUCUCAGCUUACAGUCUUCAAAUUUCUGAAAACUACACUCGCCACUUACAUGACUGUUCUUUUUUAACUAACCUUAUAUAUUUCCCUCUCUAGUUCCUUGUAACACAAUGUUUGGUUCAAUGCACUCAAUGGUAUGCCUUAUUUUAAUGGUAUCCUUUGUUUCCCUAUAAAGGUCGGUUUACCACUUGCAAUUUUAGGUGCGAUUUUCUAUACCAUGCACGAUUUAGAGUGACUUUAUUAUGGCACUCAGUUGUAACACUGUUACAAGUGUUACACAUUGUUAAACAAUGUUACAUAUUCUUACAUAGUGUUACACAGUGUUACAUAGUGUUACAUAGUGUUACAUAGUGUUACACAUUGUUACAUAGUGUUCCACAGUGCCACAUAGUGCUACAGAGUGUUAUAUAGUGUUAUAGUGUUACAUAGUGUUACACACACUAACCCUAACCCCACCCCUAAAUAAAGAUAGUGUAACACUUGUAACACUGUUACCCGAGUAUAUACUUGAUAUUAAAAAACUCAUUAAUAAUUCAUGAAGAAAACACAAAGAAAAAUCAUAAGCGUGUCGUAUCUGUAUAUGUGAUACAGAUUCAUGUUGAUUUACAUAAACUUUAACUUUGAUUUUCUCGGCUUAGACAACGUUUAUUUUUAAAAUUACUUCGCCAAUGAACUCAUAAUUGAAUGAGUUCAUUCGCCAAUGAACUCAUUCGCCAAUGAACUCAUUCGCGUCCGUGUUGUAUCGGAUAUACAAACUCUCGCCUUCGGCUCGAGUUUGUAUAUCCGAUACAACACGGCCGCUCAUGUUGUAAAUGCAUCAAAUGUAUACGAUUUUCUUCUCCUGAUGUAUGUGAACGAGUGGAUGAGUUAGGAAUAUUUAGAUGAGGGGUGCCUAUACUCAGAACAUUCAUAACAUAUCUACUCGUUCACAUCCAUCAGAAGAAGAGAAUCGCACUAGAAAUCGCAGCAAACUGAAUUGCAAUUGUAAACAGGCCUUCAAGGCUACCCUCGUCACGGCAUAGCACAAGUGUUUUUUUCCUGUGUAAGAGUUUUCUAUCUUUAUUUUGCCAACAGGAUAUCGCUGCGUUCGAACGUUUGUUGAGUGACGAUAUUUCUUGUGGAAAGACUCCCUUGCUGGUUGUGGCUCAUGCUGGUAUGAUCAACUCAUUUGCGUUGAUUUCUGUUUUAGCAGUUUGGAUGCAAAUCUAAAGUGAACGUGUUUUGUGAUUGGUUUGCUUCAAUAAAAGUGAUCGUUUUUCUAACUCGUUCUUCAGAAAAUUUAUUAUUGAGUUUUAUUGUGUUUCAUUCUUAAAUCAAUCAAUCAGAAAACCUGUUCAAAAUAGGUCGGUGGCAAUACUUCUAUUGUCUUAGUUUUUGAAAGAAAUGGGUGAUUCCAGCUGCAGACUAAAUUUUGAUCUAAACAAGAAGAACGAAAUCCAACACCACAGCUAGAAAGAGCAUCUUAAAAUGAGUAAAAUUGCAAAGUUUGGCUGCGAAAUGUUGUAAAAUGAGGAAAAUAUAGUCCUGUGAAGUUCGCAAAUUUUGUAUAUAUUUGUAUUAGGCGCGGUAAAAAUAACCACUUUCCGCUCAAAAAUGGUUAUUUUUCCCGCGCGUAAUGCAAAUAUAUACAAAAUUUGCGAACUUCACAGAGCUAUAUUUUCCUCAUUUCAUAACAUUUCGCAACCAAACUUUGCAAUUUUACUCAUGAUUUUGUUCUUCUUGUCUAGAUCAAAAUUUCGUCCAUAGCUGGAAUCGCCCAUUAGCUCAUAAGCUUAUUUUAACUAGAUUACUGGAAUUAACUUGUUAUUAUUCUUUGCAGGCACUCCACUUGUAGGACACACAGACAAUCUGCAAAGGCUGCGAGAAUUGUCCACACAGAAUGGUCUUUGGUUGCACGUUAUCGGGUAAGUAUGAAUUUGACAGUAAUUAUAAAUGGUCGCCCAGGAUAGAUACGAUAAAUCGGUAAUAGAGAUUAAUAUAUAAUUUUAAGAGUUCUUUUGAAUGAGACAAACUAUUUUUUUAUUGACAAUGUCCUUUAAGUAUCUCACACAUUUGAUAAUUUCUAGAGACACCUUGGCAACACUGUCACUUGCAUCGGUGCCUUCAUCAAUGGCAGUAAGUGUAUUUUAUUUCGUAAUUACUUUACUUUCGCAAAGUAUGAUUGAACAAAGACCAGUUACUGUAUAUUAUUGUAAUUCAAUUUUCGGCCUUCUGUGUACGACGCAGGUACCUGAAACGUAAGAACAAACUUCGUCAUUUCGAGCCAAGGUCAUUCAUCUGCAAGGAAAGUUAUAGCUACUUACUAGCUUCUAGACGAAGGAAGUCGGUAGCCGUUUCCACGACCAAUUGUGACUGAUACAUGAUUUCUCAUUUUUUGUCCACGACCAAUUGUGACUGAUACAUGAUUUCUCAAUUUUACUUUUGCAGCCAGCGAUCAGCAGUGAUAGUAUCACCUUAAUAUUACAUCGAUGGUUUGCAAUGCCUACCGCUCAUUGUUGCGUAUCCUUUUAUGGCAAUUGGAUAAUAUAAUAAGGGAUGGCCCUUACUGGAUCUCUGGAGAGAACAGUUUAUAACUGACUGAGUUAUUCAGCUGAUAUAAAUAAAGUUUGUUUAGUUUAGGUUUUCUCCCAUAGUAAGACUGAAUCAAUAAGAGGUGACUUUUACUCGACCUCUGUCCUCUGGGGAGAACAGUUUAGAACUGCAAGAACUAUCCAGUAUAAGUAAAGUUAGUUUAAUUUUAUUUAGGUUUCCUCUUGUAAGUAACACUGGAUCAAUAAGAGAUGAUUCUUACUGGAUCUCUAGAGAUGAUUCUUACUGGAUCUCUACUGGAGAACAGUUUAGAACUGAUAGAGAUAUCCAGUAUAAAUAAAAUUAAUUUAGUUUAGGUUUCCUCCUGUAGUACCACUGGAUCAAUAAGAGAUGACUCUUACUGGACCUCUAUGGAAAACAGCUUGGCCUGAUAGAGCUAUAUCCAGUAUAAAUAAAGCUACUUUAGUUUAGGUUUCCUCCUGUAGUAACACUGGAUUAAUACAGAUGAUCCUUACUUGACCUCUAGUGAGAACAGUUUAGAACUGAUAAUGUUAUCCAGUAUAUAUAAAGUAUAGUUUAGGUUUUGGUAUAUUCCUUAAUUCUGGACACAGACAUUAUAUAGAAUCAAAGAUCGCGUCCAGGCAGCACAUGCCGGGUUAGGUUGCACAGAACAAGAUGUUGAAACUUUGAUUCUUCCACUCUGGAUAUCUAUUAAACAAAUUGGUGAGUACCAUGAUACCAGAUUUACACCUCGCGACACGAAACGUACUUCUUUCUACAUUGGGUAAUGUUUCAGAGUUCCAAAAACGAACUCGAUAUUGUUCAACUUCCUGUAUAUUGGCGGUCAAACUUUAUCACUUAGCUUAGACACUGCGAUGCAUAGCUAUACAUUAUGAAUCUUUUUCUGCUUAGGAAUGGAAGAACUAAGAAAUUCCGUUGUUAAAGCUGGAGAACUGGUAGGUCGCUGUUUCUUUGUUUGUUUCCUGAUUCUCUUUAGUUCUUGGUCUGUUUGUGUGUCUCGUGACUUCUUUUGUGUUUUCGUCAUGAAUGAUUAAUGAGUUUCAGAAGUAUUUUAAAGCAUGCCCCAAUCUUGCAAACGACAUUAUAUAUCCACUGCAUGUGGGCUUGUCUAGAUUUAUUCAAUGCGAUCAAUCGAUGUUAAUCGAUUGUUGAUGACGAUUCAUCUAUUACGAAAAUGAACCGAUUGGAGCAACUCGUACAGAAUGUAUCUAAUACAUAGUCGGAUUUACUGGGGGGAAGGGGGGGGGUAACCCCUCCCCCCUAGAAUCUCUCUAACCUCUCUAAUAAAGUUUUUCAACCCCACCAAAAUUUCGCUUCACCCCUCUUAUUUUGUGUGAAAGGCUUUAAUCCAAACGCCUAACCCCUGUCGAAGCUCACUGAGUGGUGCCACUUGCACCCCACCAGAAAUUUUUCUACCCCUCCUUUUAAAUAAAUGAAAAUCUGCCCUUGAUCUAAUAUAUUUUGCUUUAUUUAAUAUAGGCGCAACAUAUGUGUCACCUUCUUGACUUACUCCCAAAUAUAAAGCGAAUUGUAAGUAGCUAGAUUUAGUUACACCGCCAUUCUAGAAACUGUUUUUAUAUAAGAAUAAGAAGAAGCUCUUUCGUCUACUCUUAUUGUGGGCAGAGGAAAAACUCUGUUUGAAAAAGAAUUGGUCAUCUUUUAUUAUUAUAAUUAAUUAUUAUUAUUUAAACUUAUUUAGACACAAGGUGGUCUUCAACCUCGUACCCAGGCUAUCUUUUAGUUGCCUGGUUUUCAAAGGGCCGUGCGGUUUACAAAAAUAGAGAGGGGGGAAAUAUUACCUAUAUUUUCAACAACUGUUAAAAAUAUACAAUAACUUUCUUUGCUAUACACAUAUAAUGGUACUGUGUAAAUCGAUUUAAUUACAUCUGAUUACAUGAAGUAUUUAUUUCAGGAACAAAGUCGUUGUAUAUCUCCUGUGGUCGUAUUUCGUUACUCAGGCGAAAGUUCCGAAUCUGAGAGUUCAGAAGGUAGCAAUAGCAGUGACGAAGGUGCGUUUUCUGGUGUUUGUGGAGCUCUAAGAAGAACAGUUUAGAACUGAUAGAGCUAUCCAGUAUAAAUAAAGUUAGUUUAGUUUAGGUUUAGAUCCUUACUGGGCCUCUAGGGAGAACAGUUUGGAACUGAUAGAGCUAUCCAGUAUAAAUAAAGUUAUAAGUUCUUUGAAUGUUUGCAUGGCGAUAAAAUAUAAUUGUUUUUGUUUGUGGAAACACCACGUAAAUUUAUUACUGCAAAGCUUUCGAUCCGUAAGCCCGGAUCUUCAUCAGUGCUAAUAAUAGUGAUAAUCAUAUUAUUAGCACUGAUGAAGAUCCGGGCUUACGGAUCGAAAGCUUUGCAGUAAUAAAUUUACGUGGUGUUUCCACAAACAAAAACAAUUAAAUAAAGUUAGUUUAGUUUAUGUUUCCUCCUGCAGUAAUACUGAAUCAGAUCCUUACUGGACCUCUAGGGAGAACAGUUUGGAACUGAUAGAACUAUCCAGUAUUAGUAAAACUUUAGUUUAUAAUGCUUUUCUGCAGGUGAUGAUGAAUCGUCAGAGGAAGAAAAUUCUUCGACAAAACGAAAACCUGAGAGGGAAAAAGCAUCAAAUGCGCUCAUUGACUCUUUUAAUAAAAUGGUGAGUGAAAUUAUAUUUUAAAUAUGUGAAAAGAAUGAGUGAAUGGAUGACGUGGAGAACAGUGGGGAUUUUUAGGUUAUAAUUCCAUGAGACGCAGUCACCGAAUAUAUUACCGUAAUUAGACACCAGUCCCCUAUGAAUUCUGGUAACACGGUUCUUCCAUGGUUGUACAGUUCCGCAGUACUACUGCCUACUGGUAUAUAUAGACAUAUAGUACUAUGGUACUGUAUAUGGUACUAUGGUACAAAAUGUACUAUGGUACUACGGUAAAGGUACUAUGGUACUAUGGUACUAUGGUACUACCGACUACGGUACUAUGGUACUAGGGUAGGGUACUAUGUAUUUCUUACUAUUUCAGUUGGUGUCGUCUUUGUCUAAAGAAGCGGUUCAUGUCAGUAUUGAUCUGAUUCAUGUUCCUAAUGUUGGUUGGUGUCUUCGAUUUAAUCCCCUGGUCUACGCGGCAAGUAAGUCUUGAACGUCUAUAUAACAAACGUACUUGCAGGGAGGUGAGUCCGGGAUUGGACGCACCGAGGAUGGCUGGAAGUUUCCCGAACUUACCGAGCGAAGCGAGGUGAGUUUGGGAAACUUCCAGCCACCCGAGAAGACGUCACUACGAGUCAUUAGGCGCCAUCUUGGUUGAUUUUAAACUUUGGUUAAGCCUUUUACAGCGAAGUAGUUGAGUUAAUUUAACAUUUUCUGGUUUGUUUUGAAAACAUGUUACUGUAUUAUGGAUAGUUUACGGUCUUUGGCACAAUACGACAAAGAAUGAAGAACAUGAAUUUUAUACACGUGUAUUUUGAAAAUCAACCAACAUGGCGUCGAAUGCAAUUUUUCUCAUUUUUAGUGUGCUAAUGGAUUUGAAAUAUUUAAUUUUUAGCGUCUGCAACAACAAACGAUUCAGUGGACCAUUUUAUAAAAUGUCUUGAAACAAAAAUUGUAAGUUGACAACGUGGCACUGUAUCGAUGACGUCAUACUGUGACGUCAUAGCUCGUCCUCAUGCUCGUAUUCUUGUGUUAUCUAGAGUGCAUUUGACGCUACGUUGUCCGACAGGAUUGGUUUACUGACUGCCCUGGCAGAUAAACCACACGUAGUGUCGGUCGAUAUUCCUGACUUCCCUGGAGUCGGCGCUGUCCAGUAAGUAUUAGCCUGGUACUAGGGAGUUUAUGCUCAGAUGAGGGCAUCGUGUUGAUAACCGUCGUGCUUCGGCGGUUAGAGGCGUCCUUGUAAGCCAAGAACAAAAUAAUAUAAAGUCUCAAGGACCUAAAUGUGAAACUAACUUGAGACCGUAGUUGUGACUCAACGCUGGUUGAAUUGAAAAAAAGUUUAAAAUCUCAGUACAUUGAAAGUUAUUAAUUUGACUGAAGGCCCGGUACUGAAUGUUGAAUCAGACAGACAUUAUUUAACCAGUACUUUAAAAUGAAAUGUUUUUUCUACAAGAUACAAUACACUUUUAUUGACCAAAAAAGAAUUACAAAUAAUUUGAAUUAUUCAUAUUAAUUUGGAUACAACGGGGUCACCUAGAAAAACCACAAGGCGUAUCGAAGCUAGGUGCCUGCCUGCAAUGAUUAAAUAGAUAAGCCCUGGUUAAUUACACUCUAGUUUCCUUCGCCCUUCUCACGUUUGAUAUAUAUCCCUUGUAGUAAAGGAUCAUUCCUUCCACCUCUAUUGAAACUAACUCUUCCUAAUGUCACUAUUGAUAAUUUAUAAAUAUUUUUCACUCAUGAUACUGCUAUCCUGUAGAUUUAUCCCUCAAUACUGGAAGAGUAAAGAUUUAAAGAAUUUAUCCGUCACCAAGCAACAAGAAAUAGAUGAACUUAAUACAGAUGUCUUAGAAAAACUUUCAGACAAAAAUCUUUUCUCUCAAGGAGAGGCUCCUGAUGGCCGUGUGUGUAUAAAGAUUGGACUGGUACGAGUCGAGUUGAACUAACGUUGAUUUAAACUAGACAGCUAAACUGUUCUCCAAGA